AUGGGGUCUGUGUGCAAUUGGGUGAUGACACUGGAGGCCAAUCUGCAAUUAAGAACUGAUGUGACUGGAAACCAAGUUGCAAAACUCGCCUUUCAUAACGCUGUGAUUAGAGUUGCAGAGCUCUUGGUAAAAAUGGGAACAAAGGAGGGUAUUUUCUUGGUGAGAUUCAUCCUGUGGUUGCUUGGCACAAGUCUGGGGACCCUCCUUUGUGGGUCCUCCCUCAGCCUUCGCAGAGAGUUCUCAUUCAUUAACAAGUUCUCAGAGAUGACAGUGGAUAAGAGAGAAGCGGUUCUAAAGAGAUGGAGCAAGGAGAAAUCUUUUGUAUUUUUAAGACUGUGGUGUUUCUAUGUGCAGGUAAAUGCUGCUUUGAUUGAGGCUUUGAAAAAAGGCACAAGCUUCGGAGCUCCAUGCUUUCUAGAAAAUGUACUCGCCGAGAUGGUUAUUUCAGCCGUCCCAAGCGUCGAGAUGGUCCGGUUUGUCAACUCCGGUACCGAAGCAUGCAUGGGUGCGCUCCGCCUCGCCCGCGCCUUCAAAUUCGAAGGCUGCUACCACGGCCACGCCGACGCGUUCCUCGUCAAGGCCGGCAGCGGCGUUGCCACCCUUGGCCUCCCUGAUUCCCCCGGCGUAGUCCCAAAAGCUGCUACCUCCGAAACCCUAACAGCUCCUUACAAUGACCUUGAAGCUGUGAAAAACCUCUUAUUUGAAGCCCACAAGGGUGAGAUUGCUGCAGUGAUUCUUGAGCCAGUAGUUGGCAACGCUGGCUUCAUUGUACCGAAGCCUGGUUUCUUAUCAACCCUUCGCCAAAUAUCAGAAGAGGACGGUGCACUUCUGAUAUUUGAUGAGGUGAUGACCGGGUUCCGGCUUUCUUACGGUGGGGCCCAAGAGUAUUUCGGCAUAACUCCGGAUUUGACGACUAUGGGCAAAGUCAUCGGAGGUGGGCUCCCUGUUGGUGCUUACGGCGGAAGAAAAGACAUUAUGCAGAUGGUGGCUCCGGCUGGGCCUCUGGGGAUUAAAGGGGGAAAAUCGCUGCUGCGAUUUUAG